AUGGUCAGUCAAGAGAAACCUGUUGACAUCCACCAGUCAAACCGUCGAAACGACGGGAAAACUGUGGACAGCCACCAGUCAAACCGUCGAAAUGACGGGAAAACUGUUGACAUCCACCAGUCAAACCGUCGAAACGACGGGAAAACUGUGGACAGCCACCAGUCAAUCCGUCGAAAUGAUGUGGAAACUGUUGACAGCCACCAGUCAAACCGUCGAAACGACGGGAAAACUGUGGACAGCCACCAGUCAAACCGUCGAAAUGAUGGGAAAACUGUUGAUAGUCACCAGUCAAACCGUCGAAACGACGGGAAAACUGUGGACAGCCACCAGUCAAACCGUCGAAACGACGGGAAAACUGUGGACAGCCACCAGUCAAUCCGUCGAAAUGAUGUGGAAACUGUUGACAGCCACCAAUCAAACCGUCGAAAUGAAGAGAAAACUGUUGACAGCCACCAGUCAAACCGUCGAAAUGAUGGGAAAACUGUUGACAGCCACCAGUCAAACCGUCGAAAUGAUGUGAAAACUGUGGACAGCCACCAGUCAAACCGUCGAAAUGACGGGAAAACUGUGGACAGACACCAGUCAAACCGUCGAAAUGAUGGAAAAACAGUUGACAGCCACCAGUCAAACCGUCGAAACGACGGGAAAACUGUGGACAGCCACCAGUCAAUCCGUCGAAAUGAUGUGGAAACUGUUGACAGCCACCAGUCAAACCGUCGAAACGACGGGAAAACUGUGGACAGCCACCAGUCAAAACGUCGAAAUGAUGGGAAAACUGUGGACAGCCACCAGUCAAACCGUCGAAACGACGGGAAAACUGUGGACAGCCACCAGUCAAAUCGUCGAAAUGACGGGAAAACUGUGGACAGCCACCAGUCAAACCGUCGAAAUGAUGGGAAAACAGUUGACAGCCACCAGUCAAACCGUCGAAAUGAUGGGAAAACUGUGGACAGCCACCAGUCAAACCGUCGAAACGACGGGAAAACUGUGGACAGCCACCAGUCAAUCCGUCGAAAUGAUGUGGAAACUGUGGACAGCCACCAGUCAAACCGUCGAAACGACUGGAAAACUGUGGACAGCCAUGAGUCAAACCGUCGAAAUGAUGGGAAAACUGUUGACAGCCACCAGUCAAACCGUCGAAAUGAUGGGAAAAUGUGGACAGCCACCAGUCAAACCGUCGAAACGACUGGAAAACUGUGGACAGCCACCAGUCAAACCGUCGAGAUGACGGGAAAACUGUGGACAGCCACCAGUCAAACCGUCGAAAUGACGGGAAAACUGUGGACAGCCACCAGUGAAACCGUCGAAACGACGGGAAAACUGUGGACAGCCACCAGUCAAAACGUCGAAAUGAUGGCAAAAGUCCAUUUAGACUUGUAUGCUGAAGAAAUCACGUCAACAAGAUGA